AUGUCACAGUUCUUGGGAAGCACAGUUCUACUGGUGCUGAAGAACAACAAAAGAUUUCAAGGGAAAAUAGAUGCGGUUGACAAUAAGGUUGCAUCCUUGAGCUCUGUGGUUGACCUCAACACCGAGACAAGACAAUCUAUCCCUGACCAGAAAAUACCAGGAAGAGAUAUUGCCAAGCUUGAAGUGUUGAGCUUAUGUGAUAAAGUACUAAAGAACAAUGAGUCCAAGAAAAACAAAAACAAGAAAAAGUCUAAGGCCAAGAAAGACGAUAAUGAUAUAGCGUGGAAUGGUGACGAUAAGCUCAACGAAGAAUUUGAUUUUCAGAGCAAUUUGGACAAGUUUGAUAAAGAAAGUGUAUUCAGGGAACUCAGCGCUAAAGAUAAUAUUGAUCCAAAUUUGAGAUUAGCGGGGCAUAAUAAGAAGGUCAACUAUGAUCACAACGAAAUGGUUGUCAAGAAAGAGGUCGAUACUUGGGAUAAUCAGCAAUCGAUUCCUACUCCGAUAGCCCCGUCUAGAAGCAGUACCUCUACGUUUCCCCAUCUACAGAGACAACCAUCCAUUAGGCAGCCGGGUUUUGGUAUUCAAUUGACCGAUGGGGCCAAUCUUUUGCCAUCCUGCUCCCCUGUUCAACUAUUGGAGAUGGAGAGGAUCACAGUUGAUGAAUACAAGGUUCCUAUCGAGAUGUUGCUAGAGAAUGUUGCCAUAAAUGUUUCUUCUAUUGUUAUUAAGAGUCUUGGUGGUUACGCUAGGUUCGACCAAACCAACCACAAUUUACCGCCUUUAAUUUUAUUUUUGGUCGGGAACAAUCGAUCAGGUGCCAGAGUUUUGUCAGUUGGUAGAAGGUUGGUAAAUAUUGGCGCCAGAUGUGUAGCCAUCUUGACGAAUACAAACUCUGACGAGUUGAUAGACUCAGUGAAAAGACAAUCAACUAUAUUUACCAAAUUUGGUGGACGACUAGUUUACGAUAUUAAUCAAUUGACUGUGCUGCUAGACAGUUUGCAAUCCCCUUUGGAAUUUGUCGUUGAUGGCUUACAAGGUUAUGAUAACCAUUUGGAUGAUCUUUUUGGUGUUGAAUUGACGACAUCCAACAGCCUCAUAGAAUGGGUUAAUCAACAGUACGUCAAUGUUCUGUCUUUAGAUAUCCCAAGUGGUCUUGAGCCAAGCUCAGCUCAUAUAAAUUCUGAGAAUGCAUUUUUGCAGUCAAAAUUUAUUGUUUCCGUCGGGUUGCCAUUAAACGGAGUCCUGAAUGCGUAUAAAGAAGGUGGAGUCUUAACUCCAGGAGAUUGCAUACAUUAUCUGGUAGAUUUAUCUGUCCCUAGGGCCAUUUUCAAGAAAGGAUCUCUCAGGAAAUUUGAUAGAGACUGGUUUGAAGACAAGGGAUUCAUUGAGCUAUUCAUCAAGCAGACGAUUUAG